AUGGAGCGACUGAACUUCUCCACCUCUAAUGCCUCCUUGCUCAGUCCACUCUUCUCUUGGGACCGUGAAAAUCUAGCCCCUAGCGUGUUCAUGUCUCUCUGCUUCCUAAUCGGCGUUCCCGGGAACAUCGCAGUGAUGUUCGUCCUUCACCGAAAACAAGAUCUAUCCAGUUUGAGCCGGAGACUAAUGUUGAACUUGGCUGUAUCUGACUUGCUCUGCCUCAUCUCCCUACCUAUAUGGAUCCACAGCUUUCUCUUCAACUGGGUGCUGGGCCAGGCUGCUUGUAAGUUCUUUACCUUCCUGGUCUACUGUAGCACCUACACCAGCCUGCUGACUGUCAGUCUACUGGGCAUCCAACGCUACAUGCAGGUCUUCUACCCACAGACUUGGGGCAGUCUAGGAUUGACAAAGGAGAGGGGGAUUCAGGCUGUCUUGUGGGGGGUAGCCGUGGCUCUGGCUAUCCCUAAUGGGAUGUUGUUCCGCUAUUUGAAGCAGGAUGAGAGUGGACGGGUGCAGUGCUACUUUUGUUUCACAUCAGAUGCUGAGCAGGUGGCCCUGUUGCUCCUGGCAUCUCUCGUGGGAUUUGUAGCUCCAUUCUCAAUCACUGCCACUGCGUAUUUCUGCCUCUAUAGGAGGGUGAACCAAACAGCUUUCUCCAGAAGCACCAGGAUGACCAAGCUAGUAAGCAGCAUUGUUGUGACUUUCUUUGUACUAUGGACUCCUCUCCAUGUCAUUAUCCUGCUGGGAGUGGCGGCCAUCUUGGCCAACGAUAAGGCUCUACUAGAGUUUUGUGAUGCCAGUUUGAACAUUGUUGGAGCUCUGACCUUUGUCAACAGCUGUGUGAAUCCAUUCCUCUAUGCCUUCGCCUCAAGAAACACCAGACAGCCAGAGAACAGUGACAAUCCAGUGUGA